GGGGCCGGCGGGCGGCCAUGGGCAGCGGAGCGGACGAGGGGGAGAGGCGGCGGCUGCGGCGCCCUGCGGCUGCGCUCCCCGGAGGGUCCCGGCGUUGGCUCAUCCGCGGCGGCGGCCCCGCGGCGCGGCGGUACGCCGGCGAGGGCUGCGGCAGCUACGAAGCGCGGCGCGGGCGGGCGGCGCAGGGCCGGCCGAGGCUCAGCCCCAUCGCCGGCGGCGGGGCCGCCGCGCUCCUCCUCCGCCCCCGCGCAGCCGCGGGUCCCUCUCCACGCGCGCGCGCGCGCACCCACGCGGCCGCCCCGCAGCCCCCGCGGCCGCAGCAGCAGCAGCAGCAGCAGCAGCCGCCCCGGGCGGCCUCCGCUAAGCGGUUCCGGUUCAGGCGGGCGGUGACGCCUCCGCGCCGGGCGGGCGGCGGCAGCGGGGCCGUGCUCGCCCCCCGUGCGUGCGGGUCUGCUUGCGCCUCAACCGCCCGCGGUGCUGAGGGGGCGCGGAGAGGCCGGGCCCGCUGCUCUCAGGCGUCCCCGAAUCGUACUGCGGGUGCGCGCGGCUGUACAGAACGUGGAAGUAUGGCUGUGUGCUGCGAUCACACAUUGCAAAGAAAAAAGAAGGUUAGUUUUCAGCUAGCUUCAACGUCUCCUUGAUGUGAACGUACUCCAGUGGGGUGCAAACCAAAGCGUUAAAGAAAUAUUGUUUCUUAGAACUCUGUUGAGCGUGGGCUCCUGUCACUAAUGUUGCAGUAACGUAAACAGGACCGUGGUGAGGCCCUCUGUGUCUGAGUAACACAAGUACGUGCAGCAUCUUCUGUGUCAGUGUCUGCUGUGGUUUGCCUCCCGACAAAAGGAUAUUCAGGAUUUGCUGGUGCUCUGCUUCAGAAGGACCAUCCUGUAUAGGAUGUAGCAUCUCACUACCACAUAGUUCACUGCUGCUGGGCACGCCCUGCCCUCAGACCAGGCCGUGGCAUAAGCUCUGCUCACCUCGCCUGCUCAAAUAAAUCUCCGGUAGGCAUCAGCAGCAACCAGGAAAUUUCAAACACAAUUUUGUCAGAAUCAAAUCUUAGAAUAUGAAAUGGAAUAAUGUUACUGAGAUGUCCAGUUUGCCACAUCUCACUAGGGCUGGAGAGACUCCUGUGGAAGAAUUCCUCAAUUGCCUGCCUCUCAUCAAACAAGAUAAGCUAGACAAGACAUUUCCUUCGUUGCAAAGGAACUGUUUAAACCAAGUGUUUUAAAGAGACCAUUCUGAAGUUUAAGAUUAUGGAUUUGCCUGAGGGGCUUUAUGCAGCAGCUGAGGAACACUAUAAAGCAUCUAAAACUCAGGCCCAGACUGGUCAUCACUGAGAUACCUGUGUCUACAAAGGGCUAGCUCCUGCAUGAAGAUACUUUUUAAUCUGUAGCAUCUUCACUAUACAGAAGACAAUGUACUUUUAUAGGUUAAAUGUUAAUGAUGUGACUCAUUAAAUUCUGUGCUUGAAAUCUUCUUGGUACAUCAUCAAAAGCUGUACAUGAUUCAAACCAGCAGAUGCGGAUUACUGCUUUGCUUAGAUGCAGUUUCUAUCUAUUUGGGAUAGAAAGAAGUGGUAAAUGUUGUUUAGCACCAAACUACUUUCUGCUUGCAAACCUAAUGAUACAGGAAGCACAGGUUUAAAAAAAAAUCCAUUAAAAUAAACAAUUGGUGAUAACUGGA